AUUAUUUAUAUUCAAUUUUGAUAAAAGCUGGAUUUGUAUAUCUAUGGGAUAAUAAAUUAUUUGAUUUGAUGAUUCACUUAAUGCUUAAUCGCUUAAUUAUCAUUUAACCAUAAAAUUAUGGUUGCAUUUUGCCCUUUUUGUUCAAAUAUAUUAUUCGUCGAAGAAAGUAGUGAAGGCCAACUUCAGUUCACGUGCAAUGUUUGUCCAGUAUUUUUUCCCGUAAAAAGACUAAUAUCAUAUAGGAAUUAUUACAAAUUGAAGGAAAUUGACGACGUGUUAGGUGGAGAAGAAGCUUGGAAAAACGUAGAUUCAACUGAAGAACGAUGCCCAAAAUGUGGUCAUGAAAGAGCUUAUUUUAUGCAGUUACAAACAAGAUCAGCUGAUGAGCCUAUGACAACAUUUUACCGUUGCUGUAACUCCGAGUGCAACCAUAACUGGCGUGAUUAAAUUGUUUAAAUGGUCUUGU